AUGAAUAGACAAUUCGCGCCUUGUGUGCGGAGCCGGAGCUGCCAUAGGACACGGACGCCGGGAUCGGUAAAUCCACGGGAUGGAGCAGGUGGUCUCCCCAUCUGUACCCGGCCUCUCGUCACAAGAGACACCAAAGACACAGGAGACACCAAAGACACAGGAGACACCAAAGACACAGGAGACACCAAAGACACAGGAGACACCAAAGACACAGGAGACACCAAAGACACAGGAGACACCAAAGACACAGGAGACACCAAAGACACAAGAGACACCAAAGACAUCAAAGACACAAGAGACAUCAAAGACACAAGAGACACCAAAGACACAAGAGACACCAAAGACACAAGAGACACCAAAGACACAAGAGACACCAAAGACAUCAAAGACACAAGAGACAUCAAAGACACAAGAGACACCAAAGACACAAGAGACACCAAAGACACAAGAGACACCAAAGACACAGGAGACACCAAAGACACAAGAGACACCAAAGACACAAGAGACACCAAAGACACAGGAGACACCAAAGACACAAGAGACACCAAAGACACAAGAGACACCAAAGACACAGGAGACACCAAAGACACAAGAGACACCAAAGACACAGGAGACACCAAAGACACAAGAGACACCAAAGACACCAAAGACACAAGAGACACCAAAGACACAAGAGACACCAAAGACACAAGAGACACCAAAGACACAAGAGACACCAAAGACACAAGAGACAAAGACACAAGAGACACCAAAGACACAAGAGACACCAAAGACACAAGAGACACCAAAGACACAAGAGACAAAGACACAAGAGACACCAAAGACACAAGAGACACCAAAGACACAAGAGACACCAAAGACACAAGAGACACCAAAGACACAGGAGACACCAAAGACACAGGAGACACCAAAGACACAAGAGACACCAAAGACACAAGAGACACCAAAGACAUCAAAGACACAAGAGACAUCAAAGACACAAGAGACACCAAAGACACAAGAGACACCAAAGACACAAGAGACACCAAAGACACAAGAGACACCAAAGACACAAGAGACACCAAAGACACAGGAGACACCAAAGACACAAGAGACACCAAAGACACAAGAGACACCAAAGACACAAGAGACACCAAAGACACAGGAGACACCAAAGACACAAGAGACACCAAAGACACAAGAGACACCAAAGACACAGGAGACACCAAAGACACAAGAGACACCAAAGACACAAGAGACACCAAAGACACAAGAGACACCAAAGACACAAGAGACACCAAAGACACAAGAGACAAAGACACAAGAGACACCAAAGACACAAGAGACACCAAAGACACAAGAGACACCAAAGACACAAGAGACAAAGACACAAGAGACACCAAAGACACAAGAGACACCAAAGACACAAGAGACACCAAAGACACAAGAGACACCAAAGACACAAGAGACAAAGACACAAGAGACACAAGAGACACCAAAGACACAAGAGACAAAGACACAAGAGACACAAGAGACACCAAAGACACAAGAGACGCCAAAGACACAAGAGACACCAAAGACACAAGAGACACCAAAGACACAAGAGACACCAAAGACACAAGAGACACCAAAGACACAAGAGACACCAAAGACACAAGAGACACCCUCCGAGGCUCCGGGGUCGAGGAAACGGCAAUGACUGGAGAUGUGGAAGCUUUGUCCACGGAUCCCUGA